AUGGCACGAUUCGUUGAUUUAGAAGAAGAUGGCGACGAUGGCGCUAGUCACCCGCCUGAAGACUUGAUUACACAGACACUACAAGCAAAGGCUCAAGUGCAGAUUAAAGCUAGUGAGCCUCCGGCGAUGCCUUCUGUUUCUACUCAUUGCUCAGAGUCAAUCGCGAGAGCGUUCCAAUGUUAUCCUAUCAUUGCUUCAAUCGUCUCGUCCAUCGAUCUGAAUACGUUAGAUGCCCUAGCACGCUCGUGUCGUUCGGUACACGAUGGCCUCAUUCAAUACCGCAACGUUCUCCUGACCUCGACGUUACAUUGCUCCAACGAGGAAAAUGCUGUAAAUGCUGAUGAAUUGCUUCGCUAUCGUGCUCGAGCAAGCAACUGGCAUUACAUGGAAGACGGACGGAGCUAUAACGGCAAAUCCGGUAGCUGCGCCCGCGACAUGGUCGAUGAAUGCAGAAAGUGUGGCGAAGUGAUCUGCCGAAACUGUUCAAUAAAGCCACCUGCACCUGUUGCUCUCCGCGAGAGACACCGUAGGUUGUGUAGAACGUGCAUCAAAGCACCUAUCGCAGCAUUGGCGAUUCCACGUCUCGACCCUAACUUACCGUUUGACUCCGACGCCGUGCAACAAUCGCUUUGCAAAUGCGAAACGGCGGGUGUCUGGCUAUGCCAGCCGUGCGGUAGAAGCAUCCGGGGGGCAGAUCAUGAGUAUCGAAGCAUAUGGCGGUGGCGCAAUCAAUAUGGCGAGGUGCUUGGUGGACUAGGCACCGGCAUCGGAGACGGAGAUCGUGGUGUAAUUUGUGGUCGAGGCGAAGAGUGUCUCGCUGCCAAAGAUCGCGAACAAGAAGUCGACUGCGACGCCCAGGACGCUCGUGACAGCGGCACGGCUCCAUGGGUCAAUGAGCCUCCAGUAUGGACAACAACGUCAACUCCUUCGCCUCCUGCAUUGGGUGUGUCUGAUAGUCCCGCCGGAUCACCCUUUGGGCCUGCCACUCCCCUUGGAGCGUUAAUUGAAGAAGAGCGCCAUGAACGAACUCCAUCGCCCCAGCUGGGUCCUGGGUAUGAACGACAUGAGAUUGAAGGAAUUGGUGGCCGGGUCAAGCGCAAGCUCGUUCGCAUGGUUCGAAUUGGCGCCUGCGUCCCGGAAUGGGACGACGAGAAGGGCUUUGGUGGCCGCGUGCUAGAGUCGGAAAUCAAAGGCUGUGCCCGGAGUUGGUGCGGCUGGUGCUGGAGGGUAAUUCCGGGGAAAAAAGACGUUAGUAACGAAAAGGGUUCGUCGUUUAGCGGUUGCGGAAACCGCCAGUGUGCCCUGUAA